AUGUCAACCAAAUUCCAAAACCAAGUUUGCCUCAUAACAGGCGCCGCCUCAGGCAUAGGCCGCGCCACCGCAAUCAAAAUGGCCUUUCAUGGAGCCCGACUUGCCCUUUCCGAUAUCAACAUUUCCGGCGUCGAAGAAACGAGAUCACUCUGCCAAUCUCCUUCUACACAUUUUGCAGAUACACUUGACGUGAGCAACUCUUCCGCUGUGGAAGAAUAUUUCGCCCGUGUGAUAGCUCAUGUAGGAAAAUUGGAUUUCGUAUUCAAUUGCGCUGGCGUCAACCCAACAGCAUAUCCACUCACAGAAACGACGGAUGCAUAUUGGAGUAAACUCGUCGAUACGAAUUUAAAAGGAACGUAUCUUAUUUCCAAAGCUGCGAUUCCUUGGUUAGAGAAAUCUGCUGCUUCUUUCGCUGCGAAGCAGAAUUCUACAAUUGGCAACGACAGCGAGGGAGCAGCUACCGCCGGACCACCAGCAAUCGUCAACGUCAGCAGUACAAUGGGCAUCCAAGCCUCACCCGAAUACGCAAUCUACUGCGCGACGAAAUUCGGAAUUGUAGGGUUUACGAAAGCUUUGGCAUUGGAAUUGGGUCCCAAGGGGAUUAGAGUUAAUGCUGUGGCGCCGGGAUAUAUUGAUACUCCGACGAAUGCGGGUGUGGUGGCGGGGCCGGAGGCAGUGAAGAAACAGGUUGAGAAAGUUGCGUUGGGGAGGAUGGGGACUGGGGAGGAUGUUGCUGAUGUUGUGGCUUUUCUGUUUAGUGAUGAGAGUCGGUAUAUGACUGGGUCUGUGGUCGAGGUCACGGGAGGGAGGAUGUGA